AUGGCUGGUGGAGUCUUAGUCGCUUCAAAAAAUGGAAGGCAUUAUGAAGGGAAGGUCACAUCAUUUGUGUUGGUCACAUGUUUGGUGGCGGCCAUGGGAGGUCUACUUUUUGGUUAUGAUCUUGGUAUUACAGGAGGAGUGACUUCCAUGGAACCAUUCCUUGUCAAAUUCUUCCCUGGUGUUUACAAGCAAAUGAAAGAUGAAUCUGGGCACGAGAGCCAAUAUUGCAAAUUUGACAACGAGCUCCUUACUUUGUUCACAUCUUCCUUGUAUCUUGCAGCAUUAAUAGCUUCUUUCUUUGCUUCCACGACUACAAGAAUGUUUGGACGUAAGGCCUCAAUGUUUGCGGGUGGCUUGUUUUUCCUUGUUGGGGCUUUGUUGAAUGGUUUUGCUGUCAACAUUGAAAUGCUUAUCCUCGGUCGCCUAUUGCUUGGUUUCGGUGUAGGAUAUUGUAAUCAGUCUGUUCCAGUGUAUUUGUCUGAAAUGGCUCCAACACAGAUCAGAGGUGCACUCAACAUUGGCUUCCAAAUGAUGAUCACAAUUGGAAUCCUAGGUGCAAAUCUUAUCAACUACUGGACUGCCAAACUUGAGAGUGGAUGGAGAAUUUCUUUGGGUAUUGGAGCCGUCCCUGCAAUCAUGUUGUGUAUAGGAUCUUUUUUCUUAGGUGACACACCAAACUCUAUGAUUGAAAGGGGCCAAAAAGAAGGAGCUAAGAAAAUGUUGCAAAAGAUUCGUGGCAUUGAUAAUGUUGAUGAGGAGUUCCAAGAUCUAAUUGAUGCUUGCGAGGAAGCCAAAAAGGUGGAGCACCCGUGGAAGAAUAUUACACAACCAAGAUACAGGCCUCAACUCACUUUUUGCUCUCUCAUUCCAUUCUUCCAACAACUCACCGGCAUCAAUGUUAUCAUGUUUUAUGCACCUGUGCUUUUCAAAACUCUUGGUUUUGGAAACGAUGCUUCGCUCAUGUCCGCAGUAAUUACCGGAGGUGUCAACGUUGUUGCUACUUUUGUUUCCAUCUUCAUUAUUGUUGUUGGAAGCAUGAUUGCUAUCAAGUUUGGAGUUAGCGGUGAAGGAUCGUUUACCAAAAAUGAAGCCAAUCUCUUUGUGAUCUCUAAAGAACACUUAACAGAUGAACCCCCCAAAGAAACAAAUCCCAAAUUUAAGAGGUGGGAUAAAAAGGAUUUUAUGAUCAUGGCAUGGUUAUGGGACGCAUUGACCUCAAAAAUCAGUGAAACUUGCAUGUUUCUCAACACUAGGAAACAGAUUUGGAUGGCAUUAGAAGAGACUUAUUCCAAAGCCAAAGAUGUUUCUCAAAUAUACAAUGUGAAGGUGACAACUAUGGCUGCUAAAUAG